AUGGCGUCGUCUCCAGAAAGCGAGGAGCCCAGCCAUUCCUGGGAGGAACUGUUACGGAGAUUGCUGCCGGACGGCGCGCCAUUGCCGGACGAGGACGAGCUCGACUACUCCAUUUCCUUCGACUACGUCGGUCCCUCCCCAUAUUACAAGAAGCCGCCGAUCAGCAACCCCGCAAUCCCGAAGGCGAGAUUCACCGCUUUCCCCAAACAGCCACCGUCGCUCACACCGAAGAACCCCUCUUGGCUCAAAUCCCGCUCAGGCUCCGUCACUGCAACCUCCGACAUCGAACAGUUCAGCAUGAGGUCGAUCGAUUUUGACUGCGCCUGCGACGGCGGAGAUUCCGAGCCCACGGUCGGCGAUCAUAGCGAUCAGGACGAUUUCACGCCUCCUGAAAUCGAAGUGCGAUGUAGUUCCAAUUCGAACAGUUUGAAUGCGAAUAGAAAAUGCAACAGAUGUGGAAAGGGGGGCAUAGGGCUGCUUUUGAGGGGAAGAAGAGAAGCGUGCAUCGUCUGCGGAGCAGAGUACUGUAAGAAGUGCUUGUUUAAGGCGAUGGGGACGAUGCCUGAGGGCAGAAAGUGUGUCGGUUGUAUUGGUUAUCCAAUCGACGAGGGAAAAAGGGGGACAUUGGGAAAAGGUUCGAGGGAGGGAGAGAAGCCCGACAGGAUAAUUAGUUCGGAAUUGGGCGUCGGCGGCAAGUUGCAGACUGGUGCAAGCAAUGGUAUAACGAGGGUCUACGUUAAUGGCCGUGAGAUCACCAAUACUGAGCUCAAGGUUUUGAAGUUUGCCAAGGUUCAAUGCACUCGUGACACCCACUUUUGGCUAUACGAGGAUGGAUCCUACGAAGAAGAAGGCCAAAAUAAAAUCAGAGGAAAUAUAUGGGAAAAGGCCUCUGUCCGUUUCAUCUCUUCAUUGUUUUCAUUGCCUGUCCCACUUCAAAAUGCUCGUGCUAUGAACGAAGAACUGGCAUUAUAUUCAGCUAAAUUACAUUCUCAGUAUCUGGAGCAGCAUAGGGCCCACAAACUGCUGCUUCUAGGGUUACAGAGCUCUGAGGCAAGUACCAUCUUCAAGCAGGCCAAGUUUAUAUACUCAAACAAAUACACCACUGAUGAAUUACAGAGCUUUAAGCUCAUAAUUCAAAGGAAUGUGUACAGAUAUCUCAGUUUUUUACUCGAGGGGAGGGAGCAUUUUGAAGAAGAUGUCCUGACAGGAAAAGAGCCUACUGACAGGUCUGUGCCAGGAGAAACAGAAUUAGGCGGAAGCAGAGAAUGCAUAUAUUCAGUUAAUCAGAAAAUCAUCGAUUUCUCUGAUCGGUUAGUAGAUAUCAUUUCUACUGGAGAUAUAGACACAUUCCUUCCUGCCACUGCACCUGAACUUUAUGAAAUCUGGGAAAAUCCAGCCAUACAGGAAACCUACAAGAGACUACAGGAGUUAGAACUACUCACAGAUAUUGCUAAAUAUUUCUUAGACAAGGUCCUUGAAAUAUUAAGUGAUGAUUAUGUACCUUCAGAGAAGGAUAUUUUGUUAGCCGAAGGUAUUACACCCAGCAAUGGCCUUGCAUGCCUAGAGUUCUCCUUUGAUGACUACAGUGUAAUUUCUGAGAUACACAAUCAAAAGCUUGAAGACGAACAAUCUCCGUCCAAGUAUCAAUUGGUCUACCUCAGCUCAAAAGUCCUAUAUGAUAGCUGCAAGUUGUUAGAGAUGCUCGAAGGCAUGAACAUUGCAAUCUUCUGUGUUUCAUUGAUCGAGUAUGACCAGAUUUGGACUCACAGUUUUGCGGUCCAUCAACAGAAUAAGAUGAUCUCGAGCAGAGAUUUCUUUGAAAACGUCGUCAGACAUUCAAGUUUCGAGGACACACCAUUUUUGCUGCUCUUGACUAAAUAUGAUCAAUUUCAGGAUAAAAUCAACCAAGUCCCAAUUACUGUCUGUGAGUGGUUUAGAGACUUCAGCCCCUUGAAGAUGAAUAGCAAGAAUCUGUCGAUGGCACAUCGUGCAUUUUACUAUAUUGCCAUAAAAUUCAAGAAGUUGUACACCUCUAUUACAGGCAAAAAGCUUUAUGUUCGCCAAGUCCAUGGUCUCGAGCAAACUUCAGUUGAUGAAGCAUUUAGAUACGCACGAGAGAUCAUUGACUGGGAAGAGGUGAAAAAUGACGAUAUGUAUGCUGUAAGCGAAGAUGAUUCGCCAUCAGGACCCGAAACAAUCUACCAUUCCUUGUGA